AGAGUCUCUCUUCCGCUCUCCGGAUAACUCAAGCCCACAAAAGAACGAGAAAAGGAAGACGGCAAAGCGAAAGCGAUAACGACACCCCUCAAGAAAAAUAAAGGCCUUCUGCCCUUCUUCUAAGGUUUGCUUUCCCCGAUCUCGAUCCAAUCGAUGGCGUCCUCGUCUUCUAUCUCGCUCUCUUCUCCUCACUUUCCUUCUUCAAGCGGCCUCCGAUCGCGAUCCCAACGAGAUCCAGCGGAGGCGGUCGUUUCGAUUCAGGCGAGGAAGUGGUGGCCGGGGAGGAGCGGAUCGGCGGCGGUGGUGGCGGCGGCGGUGAGGAAGAGAUACAAGGGGACGGCCAUGAGGGAGAAGCAGCUGGCGGAGAUGAUAGAGAAGAAGGUGGAGGAGGCGAAGGCGGCGUGCGAAGGGGAGGAGAGGAGGGGGUCGGACGGGUGCAAGGUGGCGUGGGACGAGGUGGAGGAGGUCAGUCAGGCCAUGGCCCGCCUCCGCCGCCGGCUGGCGGAGAGCGAUCGGGACCCCCUCGAUGCCUUCUGCCAGGAGAACCCGGAGACCGACGAGUGCCGCGUCUACGACGAGUGAUCAUGAUCAGAUCCGAUCUCUUCCAUCGAUCCCCUCCAUCCAUCCAUCCUCCGCCGUCCGUCUAUAAGAAUUUAUGGGAAAAUUAAUGAUCUCUGUUUUUUCCUAAUUUGAGUUAUUGGGUUAUGUAUGUUAAGAUGGAUGAUGCGGUUUUUUUUUUUUUGGGGAUAAGAAGCUAAUAUAUAAAUAUUUGUAGUUGGUUGGGUGGCUGUACCUAGUUUGCUGGUGUUUAUGGCUUGUUAACUCUCUUUAAUUGAUUAAUAUCAACAAUCUGGUUCAUGUUUAAGCUACAA